AUGGUCUGGGAUACCGUCCGCGAGGCUCCUUUCGGACAAGUCGUCCGUCUACUCACCAGCAACCGCGUCUUCCAAUACCCAGAGGAAAAGGAUAUAGAGGUCUGGUAUUCCUACAUCGACACCGUCAAAUCCAGCAAUUUAGCUCUCUACGGAACUAUAAACCCGGACCCAGCCGACGUCGCCCCGCCGCCUUUCAUUACACAGGCGCACCACUCAGCGUCGCAUGCACAGGUCGACGAGGUACCGCUGGAUGAGUUGAUCGCUCCUCGACCUCCACUACCUGGAAAUGAGUCGAGGGACACACUAGCAACUCAGGUCGAUCCGUACGAACAGAAUAGGAAGAGCGAGAAGAAGGAGAUAAAUUAUGAGAAGGAUGCGCUCCUUAUUGGUUGGGCAGAAAAUGACCCAGCAAAUCCUUUCAACUGGUCUUUACGCAAGAGGUGUUGCGUCACGGGCCUAAUCGCUCUGUUGACGAUUUCGAUCUACAUCGGCAGUGCAAUUUAUUCUCCUGGUAUACCAGACGUUAUGAUCGUGUUCGGAAUCAGCCAAACGGCAGCCACACUCGGGCUCACGCUUUUUAUCUUAGGCUACGGACUCGGUCCUAUGCUGUGGGGUCCAAUGAGCGAAGUUCCUCAAAUAGGCUUCAACUCGAUCUACAUCACCACCCUUGUCAUAUUCGUCAUCCUCCAGGUUCCUACCGCACUGUCCGUCAACCUCGGCAUGCUCCUCGCUUUCCGAUUCCUGUCCGGCUUCUUUGGCUCUCCGGUCCUCGCCAACGGCGGCGCGUCGAUAUCGUACAUGUUCUCUGCUCGAAAACGCGCAUACCCGAUCGUCCUCUGGGGCGCCGUAGCCGUUUGCGGACCCGUUCUCGGACCUGUCGUCGGAGGAUUCGCCGCGACGGCUAAGGGCUGGACAUGGACAAUAUGGGAACUCUGCUGGCUCUCCGGCUUCAGCCUCAUCGUCCUCUUCUUCUUCCUCCCCGAAACAAGCCACGCCAACAUCCUGCACCGGCGCGCCCGUCGUCUCCGCAAACUCACCGGCCGGCCCAACCUCCGGUGCGAAUCCGAAUUCCUCAACGAGCAGAACAAUCACCUCAUCCACGACAUCGCACUCUCGACCGCGCGCGGCUUCGCACUCAACUUCCAAGAACCGAUCGUCUUCUUCCUCAAUAUCUACACGUGUCUCAUCUACGGCCUCAUCUACGCCUGGUUCGAGUCUUUCGCCGUCGUCUUUGGCGAGAUCUACAAGUUUUCGCUCCCGAUCGAGGGCGUGAGCUUCACGGGCAUUUUGGUGGGCGCGAUCAUUGUGCUUCCGCCGUAUUGCGCGUAUUCGUACUAUGUGAUCGAGCCGAAGUUCAAUGAGAAGGGGGAGUUGAAGCCGGAGGAGAGGUUGCCGUUUGCGUUCGUCGGGGCGUUUUUGAUCCCGAUCUCGUUGUUCCUGUUUGGAUGGACAAGUAGGGAGAGUAUACCGUGGAUAGUGCCUAUCAUCGGCAGUUCGAUAUUCAUCAUGGGCGCGUUAUUACUCUUCAUGGCGGUGCUGAACUACCUGGGCGACGCCUACCCCUCUUACGCCGCCUCCGUGCUCGCAGGGAACGACUUCAUGCGCUCCACCUUCGGAGCCGUCUUCCCCCUCUUCGCGACGCAGAUGUAUCAUAAGCUCGGGGUCGGCUGGGCUAGCACGCUGCUCGGGUGUUUGGCCAUCCUUUUUAUUCCGAUUCCGUUUGUGCUUUAUAAGUUCGGAGAGAGGAUCAGACUGGCGAGUCCGAGGGCGAGACAUGACAUAUGAUGUGGUGUGAUGUGAUGUGAUAUGGUGUAAAGAGUGCAUGUCAUUAGUAUACGGUUUCUCUCCUCUUCCUGCUUCCUGCUGCC